AAUUGGUAGACACGCAGCGUUGAGGUCGCUGUGGCUCAUAAGGCCUUGGAAGUUCAAGUCUUCUCGGCCGCACCAGUUUUUAUCGCUGUUUAAUAUGGGUAAAAAUGUUUAUAGGAAAUCAGAGUAGCAAUAAGGUAGAAAGAGCUAUCAGCGAAAUCAGGCGCGGUCGGCCAAUUGUAAUAUAUGAUGAAAGUAAUUACCUAUUGUUCGCUGCUGCUGAGGCUUUAGAAAGAGAUUUAUUUAAUCAAUACAAGCUUAUAUCAAGUAAUGUAUAUGUUACUUUAACUUCAAGUAAGGUAAAAUACAUAUCUCAGAAUAAAGAACAUAACAGCAAACGUCUGUUGGUGAAUAAUUUUGAUGAACUGCUCCAUUUAAUAAACUGUUCAAAGGAAGAUUGCAUAAAAGAGUUGCAAUGCUCAAAGACAAUAGAUGAAUGUGCUAUUGCCUUGCUUAAGUUCUCAGAAUUAUUGCCAUACGCGUUAGUAGCUGAUAUGACUUUUGAGAAUAAGUAUGAAAUGCGAAAUUGGUGUGAAGAAAAUGACAUUAUUGCACUAGAUACGUUACUCGUAAAUGAUUUUCAACAAAAUCAGAGUGUGUAUGAAGUGUGCAAAACAUCAUUAUUUUUAAAACAGACUCAAGAAGUAGAUAUCAUAUCUUAUAGAACCGAAAGUGGCGGAAGAGAACAUCAUGCAAUUAUCAUUGGCAAUCCAGAUAAAGAUGACGAACCAUUAGUAAGAAUUCAUUCUUCGUGCUAUACGGGUGACUUGUUAGAUAGCUUAUCAUGCGAUUGCAGAAGUCAGUUACAUCAAGCAAUUCAAAUGAUAGCUGACUUUGGAAGUGGUAUUAUAUUGUAUUUGAUGCAGGAUGGAAGAGGUAUUGGUUUAACUAAUAAGUUAAGAGCAUACAGUGUGCAAAGAGAACAUAACCUUGAUACUGUUGAUGCAAAUAGAAUAUUGGGUUUUGAAGAUGAUGAAAGGAGUUUUGUUGUUGCAGCUAAAAUGCUUAAGAAAUUGAACAUUAACAAAAUCCAAUUACUUACAAACAAUGAUAGGAAAUUGUCAGAAUUGGAAAGUAGUGGUAUAGAGGUUACAAAGUGUCUACCACUUAUUGUGGAACGUAAUAAAUAUAACGAUUCAUAUAUGGAGACAAAGUUUGGUAAGCUAGGCCAUAAGUUAAGAGUUUUUUAGCUUUUUUGUUGUAACUACUUUGUUAAUUUGCUAUGUUUAUUAACACAAGUUAAGAUUUUUAAGAAUAUUAAAAUGCUAAGAUUUUUUAAGCGAGAGAAAAGUACUGAAUCGUUAGAUAAGGAUAUAAAUUGGAAUUCAAACCGCUACAGCACAGUUAUUGCUCAAAGGAAUAUUCUACUUUUAUUUGCGUUAAUAUUAUUAGCAACGAUCUCUAUCAGCAUAUUAGUCAUAUUUAAAAUUAGCACAAGUAGCACUAUUGAGCCAUUUGUUAUAGAAAUUGACAAGAAAUCGGGAAUAGUGCAAUUGGUUGAUCCUGUCACAGUAAAGCAGUAUUCUGCAGAUGAAGCGCUGAACGAUUAUUUUAUUUCAGAGUAUAUAAAAGCAAGGGAGGUUUUUGAUCCAUAUCAUUAUAAUUAUAACUAUUAUACAAAGGUGAGGUUGUUUUCCUCACCUAAUGUGUAUAAUGAAUUUAGAAAUUAUAUAGGAUCGCAGAAUAUGGAUGAUCUUUUUAAUUUAUAUUCAGAUACCAAAAAUGAAUUUAAAAUUCGCUCGAUUCAAAAAUUGGGUAACGAUGCUCUUCAGGUGAGGUUUUUUGUGGAAUUUAUACGGAAAGAUGGAAGUUCCACAAGAAAAAAUAAGAUAGUUAUUAUGUCAUAUAGAUAUGCAUCGCUUGAAAUGAAUGAUCAGCAAAGAUAUAUUAACCCAUUAGGGUUUCAAGUUAUUUCAUAUAGAGUAGAUGAUGAAUAUGUAUAGGAUAUUAUUAGUUUUAGUUUUACUUAUAGUAGAAUAAAGACUUUUGUGUAUAGCCCUAAUGAAGUAUUUACGGUGGUUUUUAGUCAGGGUUACUAUUCUUAUAUUGAAUUUGCGGAAGGAGAAAAAGUUAAAAAUAUCGCUGUUGGUGAUGCAUCAAGUUGGAAAAUUAAUCCUUAUGACAAUAAAUUGCUUAUCAUGCCAUUUGAAGUUAGUAGCCGCACUAACAUGAUUAUUACGACAACUAAAAAAAGAAAUUACAUUUUUGAUUUAAUCUCAAGGCCAAACUACGAUAAAUACCCGGAUACUGAUGCUAAGAAAGUAGAUCACGAUUAUUCUGCUGAAAAGGAUAUAUCUUACGUAGUACGUUUUUAUUAUCCUCAAGAAGAAGGUGAAUUUGAUGUUGAUUUAGAUGAGGUUUCUUUACCUACUCAAAUGCAAUAUACUACAGACAAGCUAGAAAAAAUAAUACAAGAAAAUGAUACGAAGUACAAUUAUACAUAUAUUGAUGAAGGUGGUAAUGCGGAUAUAGUUCCGAUUGAGCUAUUUGAUGAUGGUUAUUUAACCUAUUUAAAAUUUAGAAAUAAUAAUAAAAUACCUCAGAUUUUUGUAGAAGAGGAGGAUAAACCUUGUAAAAGGCUGUUAUUUGAUGAUUAUGUUAUAAUAAAGGGAGUACAUAAAAAGCUAUUUAUGCGUUAUGAAGAUGGUGAAGUUGAAAUUAUAAAUAGGUCACUUUAGCUGUGGUACAUGCAAUAUGAAUAAAGAAAGGCGUAACAAUUCAGAAGAUGAAUCAGAAAUAGAGAAUAAGGUAGUAACAGUUGGCUCUAAUCAAGGUCAUAGGGCAUUGAUGGUCAUGAUUUUAGUGCUUCUGGUUGGUGGAGUGUAUUAUUUCUAUUUUAGUCCUUCUCAUAAAGAGGAUUCAGAAGUUAUUAAAAAAGAGGAAACAAAGCAAAACGUUCAAGAAUUUAAAGGAAAGUUGGAACAAGUUCCAGAUAAUGUAAUAGUUCCAGAAAGAAUAAUAACCGAUCCCUUACCACCCUUACCUCCUCUUCCUACACCACAAAUCGUACCAGAAAUAAAACAAAUUAAAAAAGAAGAAGAGAAACCAAAAGAAACCCCUGUGUCAAAUAUACCUAUUUUGCCAAAGCAAAAUUUUCCUUCUAACAAUGUUAUUAGUAAUCUACCUACCUCGUUUCCUACAAUAGGGGAUGGUGGUUACCCUAGAGAAAGACGUAGUGCACAAAUGUUAACAAUUUCAGGUGGUAGUGGAGAGAACAAGGCUGCUGAUGCUAUUUUAUCCGACACUUCAGUACAGUCGAGCAAAGCUACCAGAGUAGGAAAGCUUGGUUUAAUGAUUACUCAAGGUAAAAUUAUUGAUGCUGUUCUUGAAACUGCAAUAAACUCUGAUCUGCAAGGAAUGCUGCGUGCUAUGGCAAUAUUAAAUCAAUGAAAUGAACUAUGCUGCACUUGAUACAUAUUUGGAGCCAUUACAAGGCAUAUUUCAAGAAGAAGGCGUAAAUGAAAUAUCAAUAAAUAAGCCAAAGGAAGUAUGGAUUGAAAAUCGUGGUGAAAUAAGGUGUGAAAAAUUAGAAAUAUUCGAUCUUAACCAUUUGAAAUCUCUUGGCAGACUGAUUGCUCAAGCUACAGAACAAAAACUUAGCGAAGAAGCACCUUUACUUUCGGCAACAUUACCAAAUGGUUAUCGUAUACAGAUAGUAUUUCCGCCAGCAUGUGAGCCUGAUAAAGUAGUCAUGUCGAUUCGUAAGCCUUCUAGCAUGCAGUUAGCACUCGAUGAUUACGAAAAAAUGGGGGCUUUUUCUGAAACUGUUACAGAAGCAACUGAUAAUCCAGUUGACCGUCAUUUGGAUUUAUUGUUAAGGCAAAAAAAAAUAAAAGAGUUUUUAGAAUACGCUGUAAUAAGUAAGAAAAAUAUUAUAAUUAGUGGUGGAACUUCCACUGGUAAGACUACUUUUACUAAUGCUACUUUGCGUGCUAUUCCAGCUGAGGAAAGAAUUAUUACUGUUGAGGAUGCAAGGGAAAUCGUUUUGAACGAUCAUCCCAAUAAAGUCCAUCUAAUUGCCUCUAAAGGAGGGCAGGGCAGAGCAAAAGUAACCACUCAAGAUUUGAUAGAAGCGUGCUUACGUUUAAGGCCAGACAGAAUAAUAGUUGGUGAGCUCCGUGGAGCGGAAGCUUUUAGUUUUCUCAGGGCGAUAAAUACUGGUCACCCUGGAUCAAUAUCAACCCUUCAUGCAGAUAGUCCAACAAUGGCCCUUGAGCAAAUAAAAUUGAUGGUUAUGCAGGCAAAUCUUGGCAUUCCUCCAGACCAAAUUAUACCAUACAUUAAAAAUGUGAUUGAUAUUGUUAUUCAGCUAAAAAGAACCGGUGGGGGCAAAAGAAGCAUUUCUGAGAUAUUAUUUACUAGAUCUGCGAGCGAAAAUGCUUAAAUUUAUACAUAAGUUAAGGAAGAGUAGUUUAUGAGUAAUGGAAAUCACCUACGUAAUAU